GUCCGAGCGUCUGUGGGUGAGGGCGCGGAUGCUUUUCAAAAGCUGUUCCAGUCUGUGUCCACGUGAGGCGUGUCCCUGUCCGUGAGAACAGCGGGAGGAUUCUUCGGGCUGUGGCUGCUCACGUGAGGCUGGUGUGAGUGGCAGGAGCCAUCUCUGGUCACCAUGGCAAAGAGGGAGGACAGCCCUGGCCCGGAGGUGCAGCCAAUGGACAAGCAGUUCCUGGUGUGCAGCAUCUGCCUGGAUCGGUACCGGUGCCCCAAGGUUCUGCCUUGCCUGCAUACCUUCUGUGAGAGAUGCCUCCAGAACUACAUCCCUGCCCAGAGCCUGACACUGUCCUGUCCAGUGUGCCGGCAGACAUCCAUCCUCCCUGAGCAGGGUGUCUCGGCCCUGCAGAACAACUUCUUCAUCAGCAGCCUCAUGGAGGCCAUGCAGCAGGCACCCGACGGGGCCCACGACCCCGAGGACCCUCACCCCCUCAGUGCAGUGGCUGGCCGCCCUCUCUCCUGCCCCAACCAUGAAGGCAAGACGAUGGAGUUUUACUGUGAGGCCUGUGAGACAGCCAUGUGUGGCGAGUGCCGCGCAGGGGAGCAUCGGGAACACGGCACGGUGCUGCUGCGGGACGUGGUGGAGCAGCACAAGGCGGCCCUGCAGCGCCAGCUGGAGGCUGUGCGUGGCCGGCUGCCACAGCUGUCUGCAGCCAUCGCCUUAGUAGGGGGCAUCAGCCAGCAGCUGCAGGAGCGCAAGGCAGAGGCCCUGGCGCAGAUCAGCGCAGCCUUUGAGGACCUGGAGCAAGCACUCCAGCAGCGCAAGCAGGCUCUGGUCAGCGACCUGGAGAGCAUUUGUGGGGCCAAGCAGAAGGUGUUGCAGACCCAGUUAGACACCCUGCGCCAGGGUCAGGAGCACAUUGGCAGCAGCUGCAGCUUCGCAGAGCAGGCGCUUCGCCUGGGCUCCGCCCCCGAGGUGCUGCUGGUGCGAAAGCACAUGCGAGAGAGGCUGUCGGCCCUGGCUGCGCAGGCCUUUCCUGAGCGGCCGCAUGAGAACGCACAGCUGGAACUGGUCCUGGAGGUGGACGGGCUGCGGCGGUCGGUGCUCAAUCUGGGCGCGCUGCUCACCACCAGCGCCACCGCACACGAGACGGUGGCCACGGGUGAGGGCUUGCGCCAGGCACUGGUGGGCCAGCUGCGCGCAGAUCUCACAGGCCCGGACGGCACGCGCCUUCCGGUGCCAGUGGUGGACCACAAGAACGGCACGUACGAACUGGUGUACACGGCGCGCGCUGAGGGCGAGCUGCUCCUCUCCGUGCUCCUCUAUGGACAGCCGGUGCGCGGCAGCCCCUUCCGGGUCCGGGCCCUGCGUCCUGGGGACCUGCCACCUUCCCCAGACGACGUGAAGCGCCGGGUCAAGUCCCCAGGCGGUCCAGGCAGCCACGUGCGCCAGAAGGCGGUGCGUAGGCCCAGCUCCAUGUACAGCACAGGUGGCAAAAGGAAGGACAACCCGAUUGAGGACGAGCUCGUCUUCCGUGUUGGCAGUCGAGGAAGGGAGAAGGGUGAAUUUACCAAUUUGCAAGGUGUAUCUGCAGCCAGCAGUGGCCGUAUAGUGGUAGCAGACAGCAACAACCAGUGUAUCCAGGUGUUCUCCAAUGAGGGCCAGUUCAAGUUCCGUUUUGGGGUCCGAGGACGCUCACCCGGGCAGCUGCAGCGCCCUACAGGUGUAGCAGUGGACACCAAUGGAGACAUUAUCGUGGCCGACUAUGACAACCGUUGGGUCAGCAUCUUCUCCCCUGAGGGCAAGUUCAAGACCAAGAUUGGAGCUGGCCGCCUCAUGGGGCCCAAAGGAGUGGCUGUGGACCGGAACGGACAUAUCAUCGUGGUCGACAACAAAUCCUGCUGCGUCUUCACCUUCCAGCCCAAUGGCAAGCUGGUUGGACGUUUUGGGGGCCGUGGGGCUACUGAUCGCCACUUUGCAGGGCCCCAUUUCGUGGCUGUGAACAACAAGAAUGAGAUUGUUGUAACGGAUUUCCAUAAUCAUUCAGUGAAGGUGUACAGUGCCGACGGGGAAUUCCUCUUCAAGUUUGGCUCCCAUGGAGAGGGCAACGGGCAGUUCAACGCCCCUACAGGAGUCGCCGUGGACUCCAAUGGGAACAUCAUCGUGGCCGACUGGGGCAACAGCCGCAUCCAGGUAUUUGACAGCUCUGGCUCCUUCCUGUCCUAUAUCAACACAUCUGCAGAGCCACUGUAUGGCCCACAGGGCUUGGCACUGACCUCCGAUGGCCACGUGGUGGUGGCUGAUGCUGGCAACCACUGCUUUAAGGCCUAUCGCUACCUCCAGUAGCUGCACAGGGGCCGCCUGGCUCAUGGAGGGAUGGACACAGGGGUGAUUGGACAAGAGGGUCUGGCUGGGAGGUGGGCCAGACCUGGCAGCACUGAAUGUGGGCCGUGGGCGUGGGUGCGCCCGGUGCCCUCCCUUUCCUCCCCUAUCCCACGGUUGCACUUUAUUUAUUCGGUUCUUGCUUUGGUGACUGAGUGAGCCUGGACUGCGGUCCUAAGGAUGUGUGCAGAGCUUCACCUUCCCCUCCUCCCUCAGUCUGCUCCCCUAGCCGGGGGCCAGAACAGCCUCUUACUCCAGGAUAGACGUCCCUCUGGUUGUCUCCCUGCCACCCCAUUCACACUGACAGAGACAGCAAUACCCCAUCCCCCGUAUUAAAUAAAUGUCUUCGCCAAGA